AUCCGCACAGUUGAUGGGAAUCCUAUUGUGAGCCUUGAGAAAGGAAAAAUUUCUUGAAAGCGUGAUAAGAGGAAAACCUCAAGGCUACAGAGAUCAGAAAAUAUACUGCCAGCAGGAGACAUUAUGACAUCAGUAUCCAAUAAAGAGAUUUUCCGUUUCCUGUUAAUGACCAUCAUCACUUUGAGCUGUUUUUUAACUUUUUUGUUGCUGUAUAUAAAACCAUCCAACAUCUGGAUUUAUACUGCACCAGGAUCUGCCACACCGGCACCAGAUGUGAACAACACUUUUGAUAGAGUUGCUGAAGAGAAUAAAACUAUUGUGCUCAUUUGGCAUUGGCCUUUUGGUCAGAAAUUUGAGCUCAAUUCUUGUAAAUCCAAGUUUAACAUCCAUGACUGUCACUUGACUGCAAAUAGGAGCCUCUUUAACAAGUCGCACGCUGUCCUUUUCCAUCACAGAGACAUAAAUGGGGACUUGUCCAACUUGCCCACACAACCUCGGCCAACUUUUCAGAAAUGGAUUUGGAUGAAUCUGGAGUCACCUAGCCAUGCUCCUAAAAGAACCGGACUUAACAAACUCUUCAACUUGAGCUUGACAUAUCGACGGAAUGCAGAUAUCGAAAUGCCUUAUGGGUCUCUGUCAAUGAACAAAGUCCCAUUAGAUUUUAAAUUGCCCAGUAAAAGCUGUCUAGUGUGUUGGAUUGUAAGCAACUGGAACUCUAACCAUGCCAGAGUGAAGUAUUACAAUGUACUAUCCAAAUACAUUAAAAUAAAUACUUACGGUCAAGCCUUUAGAAAACAUCUGAUCUCUAAAGAUUUGAUCCCUACAAUAUCUAGUUGUAAGUUCUACCUUUCCUUUGAGAACUCAGUACAUGAGGAUUACAUAACCGAAAAGCUCUACAACGCUUUGCUUGCAGGCACUGUGCCCGUGGUCCUGGGGCCAUCGAGAAAAAACUAUGAAAAUUACAUUCCAGCUGAUUCCUUCAUUCAUGUGGAUGAUUUCAAAUCAGCUCAAGAACUUGCAGCUUAUCUGCACAAGCUGAAUGAUAAUGAGGACUUGUACAUGAACUACUUCAAAUGGAGAAAGUAUUACACAGUGCGGAUAGCUCAUUUCUGGGAUGAACAUGCAUGUAACGUGUGUGAGAAUAUAAAACAGCAUCAAAAAUAUCGAUCAUUUUCCAAUUUAGAGAAAUGGUUUUGGAAUUAAAUUCCAGCAAAUACCACAGAUCAUCUGUCAUAUCAAUAGGAUUCAUAUGACUUCCUUCCUCAAAAGAAAAUAUUUUCAAUCGAUUAUUGAAGCCAAAGAUAAAACAUCCACAGGCUUCCAUUUUAUCUAGUUAUAUAAAAAAAAAUCAUGUUCUGACAUGGGUUUCUGAUUUGAAGGGGACAUCUACUGAAAAAUGAAAUUAAUUUAGAAGCUACAUGAUUUUAAUUUAAAGAAACUUCUCAAAGAAUUUCGUCCCUCAUUGUCAUUGUAGAAAAAUAUUAGGUAAACUAAUCUAUACACAAAUUAAAAGGGAAAAUGCUCUGAAACAGAUUAUAUACCAAAUCUACAAUUUAAGAAAUAAGCAAUAUGACACAGGAGCAGGAAUUGGCUUUCCAGCCUGUGAGCCUAUUCUGCCAUUUGAUAAGAUCACGGCUGAUCUCAACUCCACUUUCCUGCUUGCCUCCCACAACCCUUGGCCCCCUUUUCUUGGGAUUUAAAAUAACUCAAUUCUUAAUAAAAGUAAUGACACACUCCCUCUCCAACCACCCCCCACCUCCUUCACUCCAGCUCAGGAAGAGAAUUCCAACAGUCCUUUUAAUGUGAUUAUAUUCUUUUUUUCAAAUAAGGAGACCAAAAAUGUUUGUUUUACUCCAGAUGUAGCCUAUUUGAGUGCCUGCACAGCCAGAGUAAUGUUUCUCUACAUUUUGGCUGCAUCUGCUGACAUUCAAGAGUAUGUGCAGUGGAAGCAAUAAAUGUCAAACAAAUUUUAUAGAAGUUAUUAAUAACUAGCAGACACACAAAAAUGAAAAAUUUUGAAUGGAUGUGUCAAUUGGAUUUGUAAAACAAAAACACCAGGCAAAGUAUUUUCAGUUUAUUUUUAAAUCAUCUCUUUUUGUUAUACUGGCAUAUGCACAGAAUGAAAAAAAUCAAAGAUGAGCUCUCAAGAAAUUAACAGUGGAUCAUUGGUGUCAACAAACACUUCAGUACUUUCAUAUUGUAUUCUCUUUUUAAUAAACACCAAUAUU